GUGAGCAGGAGAACCAAUGGACGAGUGGCCUGGAUGGCGAUAACUAGCUAGGCGGUCUCCUGGAAACUUUUUUUCUACCCCGUUUGUUGAAUUGUAUCUUUACUGCGCCUGAUCCGAUUUCCGCUGUAUUUCUACUCGAGAGCCUGCAUCUUUUGAUCUGACCUUUGCGGCGACUUGGAUCCUUCCCGGAUUGCUUCUUCUGACUGCACAGACUUGGAAAGAAGAGUCAGCAGAAGCGAGCUUAAAGCGCCAUGUUCGAAUCUCUGCUGGACCGCAGAGUGCGGCCAAACGUCCAUCUAGGCCUGCCGCCAUCAUCACUUUUCGAAUUCCCUCCCAGCCCGCAUCCUGCGCCUCUGCCCGCUCCUCUGACGGAACGCACUUGGCAGCAGCCCUUCAACAUCCCGCCGGCCCUGUACACCAAGUUGCUCGACGUCCGGGUGCCCAUCACUAUCGCGUCCGUCUAUGCCGUCACCGUUGUCCUCGUGAACCGGAUCAACCAGAGUCGGGGAUACAAGCCAUGGGGCUUCAGCAAGACCAGGCUCUUCAAGGCCUUCGUCAUCCUCCACAAUGUCUUCCUGGCCAUCUACUCCGCGUGGACAUUUGUGGGAAUGUUCCAGGCCUUCCGCAAUUCUAUGCCUGACCGCGAUGACCCCAACGGCAUCGUCGCUGUCACCGAUGCGCUCUGCAAGAUCAACGGCCCUCGAGGACUCGGAAACGCCGCCAUGUUCAACCCGGCCACAAGCCGCUGGGAGAUGCCCAACCCUGAGUACAAGCUGGCAGAGGGAGGCGUCCCUGACCCGACGGAUGUCGGUCGUCUCUGGAACCAGGGACUGGCGUACUUUGGCUGGAUCUUCUAUCUGUCCAAGUUCUACGAGGUCUUGGACACCGCCAUCAUCCUGGCGAAGGGCAAGAAGAGCUCGACUCUGCAGACGUAUCACCAUGCGGGUGCCAUGAUGUGCAUGUGGGCUGGUAUCCGAUACGUCGCGUCUCCUAUCUGGAUCUUUGCGCUGGUCAACUCCGCAAUCCACGCUCUGAUGUAUACCUACUACACGCUGACGGCGCUCAGUAUCCGGGUUCCUAACCGGGUGAAGCGUAGCCUCACCACCAUGCAGAUCACCCAGUUCGUCAUUGGAACCGCGAUGGCUGCUAUCCACUUGUUCAUCAGCUAUGACAUCCCUGUCACUGUCCCGACUGUCCUGUCGCCUCGUCACAAGGCCACCGCUGUUGCUGCCGCAUCAUCUGCCGCAGAGUCUGGUAUCGCAGCCGCCACCGCAGCCGCCGGUAGUCUUGGUCCCUGGUUGAAGAAGCUUGCUUUCCGCGCUGCAGGCGCAGAGGGAAUUGCUGAGAAUGUUCUCAAUGCCCAGGGUCAGCACUUUGGUGUUGAUGCGGUUCACGCCGCGAAGCUGGCUGAGGCGAGGACCGCCGCUCAGAAUGGGCUCGAGUACCGCACCAUUGAUUGCAUCGACACGAGCGGCCAGGCAUUCGCUGUUUGGCUCAACGUGAUGUAUCUCCUGCCGUUGACCUACCUAUUUGCCCGCUUCUUUGUCCGCUCCUACCUACAACGCAAGGACCCGAGCGCCAAGCAGCCCACGCAUAUGCAGACUGCCGAGAAGGCCGGCAUGGAUGCACUGAAGGGUGUUAGCCGAGAGAUUCACCGUGCUGUGUUCGAGAUGCAUGGCGAUGGUUCCUCGACUGAGGAAGAAGGCACCGCGACCCCCCGCACUCAGGCUUACGAAGCUAGUGUCAAGGACGUCAUGAACGCCCAGCAGAAGAAGGUUGACGAGAAGAUGUCCAAGACGACAUCCGACCCCGCAAGUAUCAAGAAGGUCGACGAUGAGGCUGAAGGGUUUUCCAAAGUGCCUGCCAAGGGCCGCGGAAGGCGGAGCAAGAAGGAGCCUGAGACCAGCCCAGUCGAGGGGAGUAACCCCUUUGGCGUCCUGGAACCAGAGAAGAACGUCAAUGGAGUUUCUCCUUGAUAAACCAAACACGCAUUUUAUCUGUCAAAGAUAGAUAAACCCUUACUGAGAGACUGAUGAUAGCGAGGAACUGAUCUACCCGAAGAAGCAGUUCUUCUGAGGCUCAUCAGGCAUCCCGCCAAGCAAAUCACGGGACUCCGAUAAGUAAG